AUGAUAUAAUAGAUUUAAAAAUAAAAAGAAUUAGAAUAAUUUUUAAACUCUUCACUUUAAUCUCAUUAGGUUCUCCAUAUUGAGCUAAUGCACAAUUAAAUUAGAAUAUAAAAUGUACCAAGAUUAGUUUCUGCUUUAGCGAAGUGCGUUAAUCUCUCAAAUUUGACAAUUAACCUUUGGCCCCAUUACAUUGGAGCAAUUGGUACUUUAUCCUUAGUUUCUGGCUUAGAAAAGUGCGUUAAUCUCUCAAAUUUGACACUUAAAUUUGAUGAUAAUUAAAUUGGCGAUGAAGAAGCAUCAAGCUUAGGUUCUUAUUUAGGAAAGUGUAUUAAUCUCUCAAAUUUGACACUUAGCCUUGAGUACAAUUAUUUUGGUUAUAAAGGUGCAUCAGGCUUAGGUACUGGUUUAGCAUAGUGCAUUAAUCUCUCAAAUUUGACACUUAAUCUUAAGUAAAACCAAAUUGGUGAUAAAGGUGCAUUAGGCUUAGGUUUUGAAUUAGCAAAGUGCAUUAAUCUAUCAAAUUUGACACUUAACCUUGAGAAAACUUAAAUUGGUGAUGAAAAUGCAUUAGCCUUAGGUUCUGGUUUAGCAUAGUGCAUCAAUCUCUCAAAUUUGACACUUAAGCUUGAAGGCAAUAAAAUUGGUGAUAAAGGUGCAUAAGGCUUAUGUUCUAGCAUAGGAAAGUGCAUUAAUCUCUCAAAUUUGACACUUAACCUUGACUAUAUUUAAAUUGGUGAUGAAAAUGCAUCAGUCUUAGGUUCUAGUUUAGCAUAGUGCAUCAAUCUCUCAACUUUGACACUUAGCCUUAAGUGCAGUUAAAUUGGUUAUAAAGGUGCAUCAGACUUAGGUUCUGGUUUAGGAAAGUGCAUUAAUCUCUCAAAUUUAACACUUAAUCUUGAUUAAAAUUAAAUUGGAGCAAUUGGUACACCAUACUUAGUUUCCGGAUUAGGAAAGUGCAUUAAUCUCUCAAAUUUGACACUUAACCUUGAUAGCAAUUAAAUAGGUGACAAAGGUGUAUCAGGCUUAGGUACUGGUUUAUCAUAGUGCAUUAAUCUCUCAAAUUUGACACUUAGCCUUUAGUGCAAUUAAAUUGGUUAUGAAGGUGCAUCAGACUUAGGUUCUGGUUUAGGAAAGUGCAUUAAUCUCUCAAAUUUAACACUUAAUCUUGACACCAAUUUAAUUGGAGAUAAAGGUGCAUCGGACUUAGGUUCUGAUUUAGCAUAGUACAUUAAUCUCUCAAAUUUGACACUUAACCUUAAUGGAAAUUAUAUUAGUGAUGAGGGUGUAUCAGGCUUAGGUUCUGCUUUAGCAAAUUGCGUUAAUCUCUCAAAUUUGAUACUUCAUCUUUGUGAUAACUUAAUCAAUAUAUCAUAAAAAUUCAAAUUAAUAAGACAGUAUUUUAAAUCAAAAAGAUUAGUUGUUUUUAAAAAAUAUAUCUAUUGA